CUUUCGAACAUGAAUCCUUAAUGCUUAAUGAUUUUAACGUGUUACUCAUCAUUCAUUUCAGCAUGUAAUAAGGGUUAUUACGGUAAGAAUUGUUCGAAAUCCUGUGGACGUUGCGCAAACAAAAAAGCAUGUAAUUUUAAAAAUGGCAACUGCCCUUCUGGAAAGUGUGAACCAGGGUGGACAAGUACACUGGGAAAAAACGGAAGAAAGGGAAAAAAAUGCGAUCAAGAAUGUCCGAAUGGAACCUUUGGAUUGAACUGUAAGCAUAACUGCAGUGGACAUUGCACAGGAGGAUUGUCAUGCAACAAAACGACCGGGAUCUGUGAUGCUGGUUGUACAAAUGGAUGGAGAACUCCGCGCUGCAGUAAAAAAUGCAAUGAAGGCUUUUAUGGAAAGAACUGCAUUAAUCCAUGUGGACACUGUGCCAACAAAUCAGCAUGUGAUCACGUGACAGGUUUCUGUCCAUUAGGAAACUGUGCACCCGGAUUUAAAAGUUUCUCCUAUAAAAGCUGUGAUAAAGAAUGUGAUGACAAAACGUUUGGAAAAAACUGCGAGGAAACUUGCAGUGGACAUUGUAGAGGGGGGUUGCCAUGUAAUAAAACAGACGGAAGAUGUCCUGGAGGAUGUGCAGAUGGGUGGAUGAAUCCCUAUUGCAAUGAAACGUGCAGUCAUGGCUUAUAUGGAAGGGAAUGUAGAUUUCCCUGUGGUAAAUGUGCCAGAAACGCACAUUGUAACCAUGUGAACGGUUCCUGUCCUUUCGGUGACUGUAUGCCUGGAUUUAAACAAAAAGACGACCAGAGAUGCGAUAAAGAAUGCGAUAAAGGAUCCUUUGGAGAUUUCUGUGAGAAAAACUGUAGUGGACACUGUGCAGAGGGAUUGCAUUGCAACAAAACCGACGGUGUCUGCCCCAGAGGUUGUGAAGAUGGAUGGAUAUUGCCUAACUGCAAUGAAACAUGCAAGAAAGGAUUCUAUGGUACAGUAUGUAGUCUGUCCUGUGGAUUUUGUGCUUUGAACGCAACGUGUGAUCACGUGACCGGUUCCUGCCCUUCUGGUCUCUGCCAACCAGGAUGGAAGAAAACACAAGAUAAACGAUGUGACAAAGAGUGUGAAUAUGGAUCCUUUGGAAAGCAUUGUAUGUACAGCUGCAGCCGACAAUGCAAAGAGAAAUUACACUGCAAUAAAAUCAACGGGGCUUGUUUUGGAGGAUGUAAAGACGGUUGGACAAAUGACCAGUGCAAUAAACCAUGCAGUAUCGGGUGGUAUGGCAAAGACUGCCAGGAAAAGUGUGGUCACUGUGGAGGUACUGAGACCUGUCGUCAUAUCAACGGUUCCUGUCCAGGACAAUGUGGACCUGGAUAUCAAGGAGAGAAAUGUGACAUCGAAUGUGAGGACGGGGCAUUUGGAUUCAGUUGCAAUAACUCUUGUGCUAAAGGUUGUUUGUCAGUCUGCAAUAAGAAAAUUGGAACAUGUGAUCAGUGCCUAUCGGGGUAUAUAGGAGACUUCUGCAAUAUAACUGUUGCAGAAUCCCAAGCACAGGAUUCGACAAUGCCUGCUGCAGGAGUAGGUAUACCAAUUACUAUAAUUGUCGUCAUAGCACUCACUGCUUUAGUGACUGUUCUCAUGAGAAAAGCAAGGCAGAAGAAAGCUGCUGAUUUGGAUCUUCCAGAGAGGAAUAAAUUAUAUAGCAACGAAAAUGAAACUAAUGUUAAUGUAAACAAUUCUGCAAACGGUGGACAUGUACAAGAAAAUGCUGAACUAGAGUACAUCGUGACAGACAACGGUCCAACAAACACACUCAUCAAAAUAGCUGAUCUUGAAAAUAUAAUCAAAAUAUUUUCGUCGGAAGAAAAUAAGAAAUUCACUGAGGAAUUUGAGGUAAAUCAGAAUAAAUCAAAUUAA